AUGCUUCGGGCAUAUGGCGCGCUGCUUGUCGUCGUCGCGUCGCUCGUCGCAACAUCGCCGAUCCACUCGAGAGCGGCGGCUAUACCGCGCAACAUAAUUCACAAUGGCAACUUCGAGUCGCCUGGUUCUAAAGACAUCAGCGCGCCGAUAAUCUCCGCCGAGAGCGGCGCCGCGCAGCAACCUGUUCCCGCGCUGGAGGGAUGGGAGGUGAAAGAGGGGUCGAUUAAGUACGUGCGCGGCGACACGUGGCGAGCCGCGGAGGGGAGCUACAGCGUGGCGCUGAACGGCGCGGGGCCGGGCGUGCUGAGUCAGCAGGUGGCGACGGAAGAGGACGCAUUCUACGUGCUCACGUUCGCCUUAUCCGCCGACCCUUGCGGCAUCAACGAUCUGCACGCGCUCAACGUCUCAAUCGUCGCGGCGAACACGGACGUGAUCGCGGAGCGCACGCUCGAGGCCGACGCGCUCGGCACGGCGGGCGGCGCGAUGAGCUGGCGCGUGGAGCGCGUUGCGUUCGAGGCGCAGGCGGGUCCGACGCGCGUGGAGUUCCGGUCGUUGUCGCCCGGGGAGUGCGGCCCGGUGGUGGAUAACGUACGGCUCGUCAAACAAGACCCCGUGUCGCUCUUCUUCAAAUCGCCCAACACCGCGUAUCCCGCGGGGACGAUCGCAUCCGUCGAAUCCGCAACGGGCAUCGACGGCUGCGCGCGCCACUGCAUCGCGCUGCCCGAAUGCGUGGGCUUCACCGCGGACCUCCGCCACCAGCUCUCCGCGCUCCUCAACGGCGGAAUCGGCGGCGCGGGCGGGGGUGCGGUGCAGUGCGAUCUGAAGCGGCGGAUGGUGAAGCCCGUCCCCGUGGGGCCGUACGUUACGGACGCGUACGUGCUGCGAGGCGCGCCGUGCUCGUUCAGCGGCCAUGAACCGGCCGUGUGUCCGCACAUCCUGCCGCUCCCCGGGCUCAUCCCGCUGGCCUGCGUGGCAUCGCACCACGUGCGCCGCUCCCCCAACCACCCCUUCACGGGCACGUGUCGCCCCAUGCAGCGCACCGCCAUGUGCCCCCUCGCAGGGGGUUCUUCCGCCGCGGCGCGCUCUUCCACGCGCCCCACCGCCUCGCGCUCUCCGCGCCCAUCUCCCGCGGGUCUGCUGCGGCCGUCGCCGCGUUUCUCGGGGCUGGGAGUGGUGCUGCUGGUACCGGUGCUGGUGUGA